AAGUAUAUUUAUAAAACAAAACAGGGUACGUGGACAUGGCUCAAACGAUUAAAGACUAUAUAAACACGCUAUAAGGCAGGUUUGAUCGUAUAGAUAUUAAAUCAGAAAAUACAUAUAGCGUAUUGACCUAUUUUUAUGAACAUCUCAAAACGGACCACCUUAACGAUGGUACAAGUGGAAAAUAUCAGUACGGACAAGGCACAAAAACAAUCAUAGACUCCCCACUUCCCUGUCCUGUUGGGGCCUGGAAAUAUGACAAACAGUCAACCUGAAUCGUUCACCCUGAACAAAGACAACGAGAACUAUUUCCGUCUCCUAAAGCUAGUCUUUAAAUUAGGCACUCCGGCAGUACACCAAGUGCUGAGCACGCAUCUUAAGGACAGUAAUCCCGGACAAGCAUAUGACCCCAAAACAAGAAAACUAAGGACGAUCUUAAGAAAAACCAACGUGGUGAAAACCCUCAAGGCUUGUCACAGCGGAGAGAACCCUCCUCUGACUGACGGGCAGUGGGAUCUUUUGUACCCUGUCUCCACAAACCAGGGUAGAAGGCACAAGGCUUCGGAGGAUGUAUCAGUGGAUGAUCUUGAUAUCACGUUAUCAAUCAUCUUACUUCGGUACAUCACAAGGUUAAACCCUGCAGAUGACGACUGGGACCCUGCUAACCUAAACCACGAAGAAGGGACUGUUCCUCCCACUAUUCCAGCUAAACUAAUGACCAUCAAAAGAUACAGGGACAGAUUAGCACAUGCCCAGGCUGCAGAGAUCUCUGAUGAUGAACUGUGUGCAAGUUUCUAUGCUGUCAAAAACAUACUGAUAUCUCUGUCAGACUUGUAUAAAAUUGAAGACUUAGACUCCAUUCACUCAGAGUCUAUAACGGAUGUGCUCAGAAGACUAAACUGGGCACAAUUCGGGGAAGAUUUUGAUCGAACAUUGUUGACAACGUUGGAAGAAGCAAUAAGAACAAAAUGUGGAAAACUUGAAAUGCCACAGUCGAGCAGUAAGGAAAGUCCGGUUGAUCGGAACCCAGGGAAAAGUGUCGUGUGCACACUGUUAUGAACAAAUAAACAUUCAAUACGGAUAUUAAAGACAGGUUCUCACAAUAUAAGAAGAAAAAAGACACGCUCGCAAUUUCUAGGUGCGACAACUGGUGGCAAAGGAAGACAAACGGAUAUGAUGAGACACGUAUAAAACUGAUUUUUCUGAAAACAAAGCAUCGUAGUAAAACAAUUUAGAGAGAGUGAAGAUUUAGUUUAAAUUAUUGUUUAUCUUUUUAUCAAGAGCUUCUAAAAUA